GGAAGGGCAGCAAUAAGCCUGAGAAUACCCUGGGUGGGUGAGUGGGAGCUAAGGAACCAGCCACUAUGGCUUGGAUAUGGAUCUCCCUUCUACUGCCAAUUUUAAUCUAUUUUCCAGGAUGCUUUUCUGAGAGUGAAGAGGAGCGUCUGCUAAAUCACAUUUUUGUUGAGCGAGGGUAUAGAAAGGAACUUCGGCCAGUGGAGCAUACUGGUGAAACGGUGAAUGUGUCUUUGGCUCUGACACUCUCUAACCUAAUUUCCUUGAAAGAAGCUGAUGAAACCCUUACCACAAACGUUUGGGUAGAACUGGCCUGGUAUGAUAAAAGGCUGGCAUGGGACAUGGAAACAUACAAUAACAUUGACAUUCUUAGGGUUCCACCUGACAUGGUUUGGCAGCCUCAGCUCAUCUUGGAGAACAACAACAAUGGUGUCUUUGAGGUGGCUUACUACAGCAACGUCUUGAUAAGCAGUGAUGGCUUUAUGUAUUGGUUGCCCCCUGCUAUAUUCCAAACCUCAUGCUCUAUUAAUGUCAACUACUUUCCAUUUGACUGGCAGAACUGUUCUCUUAAGUUCAGUUCCUUGACUUACAAUGCAAAAGAAAUAAACUUACAGCUCAGACAGGACCUUGAUGAAGCCUCUCAAAGAUACUAUCCAGUGGAGUGGAUCAUUAUUGAUCCUGAAGGGUUCACAGAAAAUGGUGAAUGGGAGAUAGUCCAUAUCCCAGCCAAGAAGAAUAUAGAUAGAAGUUUGUCUCCUGAGAGCACCAAGUACCAGGACAUAACGUUUUAUCUGAUAAUAGAACGCAAACCCCUCUUCUAUAUAAUUAACAUCCUGGCACCUUGUGUGCUUAUUGCACUAAUGGCUAAUCUUGUCUUCUACCUGCCAGCUGACAGUGGGGAGAAGAUGACCUUGGCAAUAUCUGUCCUCCUGGCCCAGUCUGUCUUCCUUUUGCUGAUCUCACAGCGUCUUCCAGAGACUUCUUUUGCCAUUCCACUCAUUAGCAAGUAUCUCAUGUUUAUCAUGGUCCUAGUGACGAUUGUGGUUGUAAGCUGUGUCAUUGUGUUGAACUUACACUUCAGGACACCCAGUACACAUGCAAUAUCUGAGCGGAUGAAGGAGAUCUUUCUUAACAAACUGCCCCGCAUUCUGCACAUGUCUCAGCCAGCAGAACCAGAACCCGAACCUUGGAGUGGAGUCCUUUUAAGGCGAAGUAGUUCAGUGGGUUACAUUGUAAAGGCAGAGGAAUAUUACAGUGUCAAGUCCAGGAGCGAACUCAUGUUUGAAAAGCAAUCAGAACGCCAUGGUUUAACCAGUCGAGCCACUCCUGCACGAGUGAAUCCACUGAAUGCAAACAACUCACAGGACCAACUUUAUGGAGAGAUAAAACCAGCUAUUGAUGGAGCAAAUUUUAUUGUCAAACACAUAAGGGAUAAGAAUGAUUAUAAUGAGGAAAAGGACAACUGGUAUCGCAUUGCUCGGACUGUUGACCGUUUGUGCCUCUUCCUUGUGACCCCUGUAAUGAUCAUUGGGACUCUGUGGAUAUUUUUGGGAGGUGCUUAUAACCUACCCCCUUCUCUUCCAUUCCCUGGUGACCCCUUUAUUUACACCAAAGAACACAGAAGACUGAUAUAGGAACAAUCAGUAAGAGUGGGAACAGAUCUUCAGGAAGUACGCAAUGCACCUUCAGGGCCAACCAGUUUGGAUACUGGAGCAAAGGAUCAUAAAAGUGUUCUAAUACAAACUCAUAUAGUGCCAUUUUUGACACUGCAAUAUUUCUUCAGAAUUAGCUUUAUAAAGUGUUGUUUUUAAUGUAUGAAUCCAGUAAAUGGCAUAAAUGUGUUC